AUGACAGCAAAGACUCUAGUGACCCUGAAGAGACAUCAGUCCUGUGACUCUCACAAUGUCCGUAUUGCAACUACCGUCCUUCUUGGACUCUUGCUGACUCCAGCCCUUGCUGAUUACUUUCAGAAUACAGACAUAAGCAAGCAAGUCACCAUUGAUGGAGGCUACCAGCUUCUGAGCAUCAAUAGGAAAUGGGACUUGGCAGCUAUCGAGGAAAAGAGCACCCAUGGGUCAUGGACAACCCUUUGGAACUACGACAGGGGCAUUAUUGCCACCAAAAUGCUGCCAGAGAAAGCUUGCUUCAUUUCCACAAUGAACAGAAAGGAGAUGCCCAACUUUGAUGCACUUCCCAGACUGGCUGAAGCGACCACAAACCUGAAAGGUCAAGGACCACACACAAAGCAGAUCACAUUCGUCAUCAGGAGACCUAUCCGCGACCUCAAGUCUUACGGACCAGAUGUCUACGCUCUGUGCAAAGGACUCAGAACCUACAUAGCUUAUGAAGUUAACGGAGCCCGAUACCCAUACAAUCAAGAUUCAUGCUUUAGACUCGAUGUCCUGCACCUCGUGGGCCUUAAAUACUGCCGCAGCAAUUACAAGGCCUGA